AUGGCUCAGGACAUGGAGCUGGCUGCCGAGCUCGUGCCGGAUAAGAUCGGAGACAUAAAGAUUCCUACGGAGUUGCCCGCCGAGCUACCCUCUAUGUACACUCAUGCUCUCGGAACCGGCUACUACCUCACCCAUGGUAUUCCUCAUGCCAGCAACACUCUCAUUAAUAACAUUCUGGACAAUGAGGAAGCGGAGGCCCGUAACUUGAUCGAUGUUCGCUCUGCGGUCAAGAACGGAAGACGUCAGAAAAAAGCGCUUGAGUACAAGCGUGCGCAGAAUGCCAACUCUUUCCUUAUGCACGUGUACGGAAAUGCGCGCGAGGGUAAGGACCAGUGCAAGAACUGCAUCAAGGGCAAUGGUCCGUACAACACCUGUGUUGUUCUGGACGGCUAUGCUAGCUGCGCCAACUGUACAUACAAUUCCGGCGCCUCCAACUGCAGCUUCGCCCCGUCCCCCUCGAAGCGACCUGCCGCAGAGAUUUACACUUCCGCCCCGAGCAGUAAGAAGUUGUGCGUCUCCCGUGCGGAGUAUGACUUUCUCAACGCGGUCCGUGGCGUUAAGCCCAAGCACAUACGACUCAUUAGAAAUGCGUUAGUUUCUGUCGCAGACAAGCUCGCUGAUGUUAAGUACGAUGAGAACGAAAACAUCGAGAUCGAGCUUUGUCACGACUAA